CCCACAGUUCCUCGAGAUAUUUUCUCUCCUCGAACAUCCCCUUCCCUUUGGAAAAAUAAAAAUCAACGGUGACAACAACAAAAAACUAGUGCUUCUGCUUUUUUCCUGUUAAGCACAUUUGAUUUUUUUGUUUUACUCCUUUAUCUUUUAAGAUCUUAGAAAGCAUCAUGAGUAUUUUGUAGUUUUGUUUGCUUCAAGAGAGAGAGAGAGAGAGAGAGAGAGAGAGUAGAGAUAGAGGAUUUUGGACGGAAGAGAUGGAUCGGGAGGGAGGAUCCCACGGCGGAUCUUGUUAUUACUCCGUUCUUGGGAUUCGUAAGAACGCCUCAUUCUCUGAUAUACGCACUGCUUAUCGUAAACUCGCUCUGAAAUGGCAUCCGGACAGAUACGCCGGAAAUCCGGUAGUCGCCGGCGAAGCCAAAAGCCGGUUUCAGCAGAUCCAAGAAGCUUAUUCGGUUCUCUCCGACGAAUCUAAGAGAUCAAUGUAUGAUGCCGGUCUUUACGAUCCCUUGGAAGAAGAAGAUGAAGACUUCUGUGAUUUUAUGCAAGAGAUGAUCUCGAUGAUGAACAAUGUGAAAGAUGAGGAGGACAGUUUUGAGGAUUUGCAAAGGAUGUUCGCCGAUAUAGUCGGCGGAGAUGGCAUGAACUUUGACGUUAACAACGAUCCGAUGGAGACGAAGAGGGCACGUGUCACUUCAUCUAAAGGCAAUGCAGCGAAACGGAGCAGUUCCCGCCGUUGACUUGUCCUACAACCCCCACUUGUCUUGAUAAUUUAAAUUACAUCGCUAUUUUCUUUCAUUACGAAUUGGGGGAUUGUUUAGUUUUAGUGGCAAAGUUAAAGGACCUUUUUGUAUCUUGCAAAAAUGUAACCACUUAUUUUAUGGAUUGUAAUAAAAUCUCUCAUUUUUAAUUUUCAAAA